AUGCCCCCAUCAAAUCAUAUAACUCCCCAUAUGGAUUUACGAUAUUUGACAUUUCAAUUCCCGGGGUUGGUGAGUUCACCAACUCCUCUCCUCACUCCACGCGCCUCUUUAGCGCGGCAUUCAUCCCUCUCCUCGAACUCGCGUCAGCCCCUUUCUCUCUCCCUUAACCACGCUCUCUCAUUAACGGAACCUCUAUCUGUGACCACCACCUUCUCCCUAAAGAUGGCAUCUCAUAUUGUUGGAUAUCCCCGUAUGGGCCCAAAGAGAGAGUUGAAGUUUGCUCUCGAAUCCUUCUGGGAUGGCAAGAGCAGUGCUGAGGAGUUGCAAAAGGUGGCAGCUGACCUCAGAUCAUCCAUCUGGAAGCAGAUGGCUGAUGCUGGUAUCAAGUACAUUCCUAGCAACACAUUUUCUUACUACGAUCAGGUACUCGACACAACGGCAAUGCUUGGUGCUGUCCCCACAAGGUACAACUGGAAUGGUGGUGAGAUUGGGUUCGACACUUACUUCUCCAUGGCUAGAGGAAAUGCCUCUGUUCCUGCUAUGGAAAUGACCAAGUGGUUUGACACCAACUACCACUUCAUUGUGCCCGAAUUGGGACCUGAUGUGAAAUUUUCCUAUGCUUCUCACAAGGCUGUGACUGAAUACAAGGAAGCUAAGUCGCUUGGCGUAGAUACAGUUCCAGUACUUGUUGGCCCUGUCACAUACUUGCUACUCUCAAAACCUGCCAAGGGCGUGGAGAAAACUUUCCCACUUCUUUCUCUUCUUGACAAAAUCCUUCCCAUCUAUAAGGAAGUUAUUGCUGAGUUGAAGGCAGCUGGUGCUUCGUGGAUUCAGUUUGAUGAGGCCACCCUAGUGAUGGAUCUCGAGUCUCACCAACUGGAAGCAUUCACUAAGGCCUAUGCUGAACUUGAAUCAUCUCUUUCUGGCCUUAAUGUCCUGGUUGAAACCUACUUUGCUGAUGUCCCUGCUGAUGCUUUCAAAACCCUUACUGCUCUAAAGGGAGUCACUGCCUUUGGUUUUGACUUAGUUCGUGGAACCAAGACUCUUGAUUUAAUUAAGGGUGGACUCCCUUCUGGAAAGUACCUGUUUGCCGGAGUGGUUGAUGGAAGGAACAUUUGGGCUAAUGAUCUGGAUGCAUCUCUCAUUACCCUGAAGUCUCUGGAAGGCAUUGUUGGAAAUGACAAGCUAGUUGUUUCCACCUCCUGCUCGCUUCUCCACACUGCUGUUGAUCUGGUUAACGAGCCUAAGCUGGACACAGAAAUCAAAUCAUGGCUUGCAUUUGCUGCACAAAAAGUUGUUGAAGUAAAUGCUUUGGCAAAGGCACUGGCUGGUCAGAAGGAUGAGGCAUUCUUCUUGGCUAAUGCUGCUGCUCAGGCAUCUCGCAAAAACUCCCCAAGGGUCACCAACGAAGCUGUUCAAAAGGCUGCUGCAGCUUUGACGGGUUCUGACCACCGUCGUGCUACUAAUGUUAGUGCUAGACUUGAUGCUCAACAAAAGAACCUUAAUCUUCCAAUUCUCCCUACCACUACCAUUGGAUCAUUCCCUCAGACCAUUGAACUCAGAAGAGUUCGCCGUGAAUACAAGGCCAAGAAGAUCUCAGAGGAGGAGUAUAUUAAGGCCAUCAAAGAGGAAAUCAACAAAGUCGUCAUGCUUCAGGAAGAGCUUGACAUUGAUGUUCUGGUUCACGGAGAGCCAGAGAGGAAUGACAUGGUUGAGUACUUUGGAGAGCAGUUGUCUGGUUUUGCCUUCACUGCUAAUGGGUGGGUGCAAUCUUAUGGAUCUCGCUGUGUGAAGCCACCAAUCAUAUAUGGUGAUGUGAGUCGUCCCAACCCAAUGACUGUCUUCUGGUCCACUGCUGCCCAGAGCAUGACCAAGCGCCCAAUGAAGGGAAUGCUUACUGGUCCUGUUACCAUUCUCAACUGGUCGUUUGUCCGAAAUGACCAACCAAGAUUCGAAACUUGCUACCAGAUUGCUUUGGCCAUAAAGGACGAAGUGGAGGAUCUUGAGAAGGCGGGCAUUAACGUUAUUCAAAUUGACGAGGCUGCAUUGAGAGAGGGGCUGCCUCUUAGGAAGGCUGAGCAUGCUUUCUACUUGGACUGGGCUGUUCACUCUUUUAGAAUCACCAACGUCGGCGUCCAGGACACCACCCAGAUCCACACCCACAUGUGCUACUCCAAUUUCAACGAUAUCAUCCACUCUAUCAUUGACAUGGAUGCUGAUGUCAUCACUAUCGAGAACUCUCGUUCUGAUGAGAAGCUCCUUUCAGUCUUCCGUGAAGGAGUGAAGUAUGGUGCUGGAAUCGGACCUGGUGUAUAUGAUAUCCACUCCCCAAGAAUUCCAUCAACCGAAGAAAUUGCCGACAGAAUUAACAAGAUGCUUGCUGUGCUCGAAACCAACAUCUUAUGGGUCAACCCCGACUGUGGCCUUAAAACGCGCAAGUACGCUGAAGUGAAGCCUGCACUCCAAAACAUGGUUGCUGCUGCCAAGCUCCUCCGCACUGAGCUUGCCAGUGCUAAAUGA